AUGGAUACAGAUACAUCUCCGAUACAAAUAUCAUACAGUUGUGAUACCUAUACAAACAUCAGAAAGUAUGCUACUCUUCUUGCAAAGGACUGUAUUGAAAGCAGCAACAUGAAGGAUGAAGAAAUGGUAACAGAGGAGAAUGAUGUACAAACAGUUACUCAUCCAAUACAAGAAAUUGAGUUAAAAGCUGCUUCAAGCAGCGGAAAAACAAAAUUGUUCAUCAUUAGGAAUCUGAACAUGAAACACACAUGCCCUGUCGAAACAAGAUUUAACAGUCAAAAGCAAGCUUCAUCAUCACACAUUGCUGAUUCCAUCAAGCAGAAAUUUCUUAAUAUCAAAUCAAAAUACACGCCUACAGAUAUCAAAAAUGAUUUAGAGAUGAUUAAUGGGGUCAAGAUCAGCUAUAUGAUGGCUUAUAGAUCAAGAGAAAAGGCAUUUGAAAUGCUACGAGGCAAGCCAUCAGAAUCUUACAAGUUCUUACCAACUUUUCUAUAUAUGCAAGCAACGACAAAUCCAGGAACAUUAAUUGAUAUCGAAGUAAGAGACGAUGACUCCUUUUUGUAUGUAUUUACUGCUUUAAAUGCCUCGAUUAAAGGUUGGCAGCACUGCAGCCCCGUUAUGAUUGUUGACGGAACGUUCUUGAAAGCGGCAUAUGGUGGCACCCUUCUAGUUGCAACAGCCCAAGAUGCUGCAGGAAAGCUUUUUCCUUUAGCUUUUGCUAUUGUUGAUUCUGAAAAUGACAAGUCAUGGGAGUAUUUUUUCACACAAAUAAGAAAUGCAUUUGGUUUGCGAGAAGGUAUGUGCAUUGUAUCAGAUAGGCAUCUGAGCAUUGAUAAAGCUGCAGAAAAGAUUUAUCCAGAAGCUACACAUUGUGUGUGCAUGUUUCACCUUCUCAAUAACAUCAAAGUAAAUUUCAAGAGAAAUGCCAAAAAGGUUAAAGUUCCAUUUUUUGCAGCCGCAAAAGCAUACACAGAGAAUGAUUUCAAUUAUCACAUGAAGGAGCUAGAUGAACUAGAUGAACGAAUCAGACCGUAUCUUGAAGGUAUCGGUAAUAAAAGAUGGUCUAGGUUCUACUCUAAGAACAACAGAUUUAAGACAAUGACUUCUAACCCAGCUGAGUCAUUAAAUGCCGCACUAGUUCAUGCAAGAGAACUGCCGGUCGCAACACUCCUUAUGCACUUACAUGACCUCCAGCAAGAGUACUCCUAUAAACAUAGGAACAUAGCCCACAACACAAUUACAAGGAUGAUGAAAAAACAUGAAGAUGUGCUCGCACAAAGUUAUGUAAAUUCACUCAAGUUACAGGUAAAACCAUCUUCAAAUGAAGUGUUCACAGUGAUGCAUAACGGGGAAAAAUACACGGUAGACUUGAAGAAGAGAACUUGCACUUGCAAAAGAUUUGAUAUAGAUGAAAUUCCAUGCCAACAUGCAGUGGUGAUUCUCAAUGAAAUGAACCGGGAACCCUAUGAUUUUUGUUCAAGGUACUACAUGAAAGAAGCUAUGCUAGCAACAUAUAGUGAGAUGGUGUUUCCGAUAGAAAAACAAGAUGAAUGGAUUAUACCACAAGAAGUCAAAGACAUGAUCGUACUUCCCCCACAACAUAAGACGAAGAGCGGAAGACCCAAAAAGCAAAGGUUUGCAUCUCCUUGGGAAAAUCUGAAAAAUGCAAAAUGUAAUAGGUGUGGAAAAAAGGGUCACAAUCGAAAAACAUGUAGAAACGCGCCUAAAAAACUCUAA